UACGGAGGCGCGGAAGCCUUGGAGAGCACACCCUCCCGCCCCGACUCCCCGGGUUGGGUGGCGGGCGUGGCCCUAGGGCCCGCUCAUUCCGCGCCGCGCCCUCUUCAGGGACACCCGGGCCGGGGCGGCUCGGCUGAGAGGCGGGCAGGGCGGUGCUCCCUACUCCUCAGGCCCUCUCCCGGAGCGCGGCUGGGGUGGAACCGCGAUCAGCCGAGCCCUGGGGCUCUGGCCUCCUCGACGUUCAGCUGCCCCACAGGAGUUAAGGAAGAUUUGAGUUUGCAGUCCUCAGCUGGGAACGGCUUUGUGUUUGGCCCUUUUUUCCCCAGGCGGCUUAGACAGAGUAGUUCAUGGCAAACCUUGUAAUUAAAGCAUGGAAUAUGGAAAACAAAACACUUCAGCUGGUACUUUAGUCUCAUGUGAAAUUCUACAGUGACCCUGAGUUCUUUAUCAGGGCAAGUGGAACUGUGGUAGGAUGACAUGGGACACCAGCUGACGUGAGGACUUAGAGGGUUUGCGUCUUGAAUACCAAGUGCCCUUCAUGAUGAAUCCAUGAACUUUCUGAAUUCUGUGAACUGAAAUUGCAAGCGUUAUUUUGACUGCUACUUGCUAUCAAAUGCUCAGGUGGUGAAAUUGAAGGUCUUUCACUCAGAAGAGAAAAAUCAAGAAAGAAGGUUUCUCUGGGAACUGGCUGGGUGAUGGCAUACUAAGCAGGCCUUUGAUAAAUCUUCCAGAACCCAAGGCUUGCAUGCUUCUGAGCUGCUGUGAAUGGCCCCGGCACUCCUGACCACCCUUCCAGCUAGGAUGUCACUCAGAUCCCUGAAAUGGAGCCUUCUGCUGCUGUCGCUGCUGAGUUUCCUGGUGAUGUGGUACCUCAGUCUGCCGCACUACAACGUGGUAGAACGUGUGAACUGGAUGUACUUCUAUGAGUAUGAGCCCAUUUACAGACAAGACUUCCGCUUCACACUUCGAGAGCAUUCAAAUUGUUCUCAUCAAAACCCAUUUCUUGUCAUCCUGGUGACCUCACACCCCUCAGAUGUGAAAGCCAGGCAGGCCAUUAGAGUUACUUGGGGUGAAAAGAAGUCUUGGUGGGGAUAUGAAGUUCUUACAUUUUUCUUAUUAGGCCAACAGGCUGAAAAGGAAGACAAAAUGUUAGCAUUAUCCUUAGAGGAUGAACACCUCCUUUAUGGGGACAUAAUACGACAGGAUUUUUUAGAUACAUACAAUAAUCUGACCUUGAAAACCAUUAUGGCAUUUAGGUGGGUAACUGAGUUUUGCCCCAACGCCAGGUAUAUCAUGAAGACAGACACUGAUGUUUUCGUCAAUACUGGCAAUUUAGUGAAGUAUCUUUUAAAUUUAAACCACUCAGAGAAGUUUUACACAGGUUAUCCUCUAAUUGAUAAUUAUUCCUAUAGAGGAUUUUACCAAAAAACCCAUAUUUCAUACCAGGAAUAUCCCUUCAAGGUGUUCCCACCUUACUGCAGUGGGUUGGGUUAUAUAAUGUCCAGAGAUUUGGUGCCGAGAAUCUAUGAAAUGAUGAGUCACGUAAAACCCAUCAAGUUUGAAGAUGUUUAUGUUGGGAUCUGUUUGAAUUUAUUAAAAGUGGACAUUCAUAUUCCAGAAGACACCAACCUUUUCUUUUUAUAUAGGAUCCAUUUGGAUGUCUGUCAGCUCAGACGUGUGAUUGCAGCCCAUGGCUUUUCUUCCAAGGAAAUCAUCACAUUUUGGCAGGUUAUGCUAAGGAACACCACAUGUCAUUAUUAAUUUGACAUUCUACCCAAAGCCUAGAGAAGGGAGGGAUACUUUGUGGAAAGUGUUAUUGUUAGACUAUGAAAUUGCCAAUGAAAAACCCAUGAGAAGGUCACUGUGUGGCUUACGCAAAGCUGAAACUCAUGUAGAGCCUAUAGACUGGAGACUGGAGGGUUGCGCUUGGCCUGUGGUUUAUUAUGACAACAAUCAAGUCAAGCCUUUUAAAGGUGAUAUUCAGAGGAAUGAAAAUCUUAUAAAGGAAUGGGAGGGUUUUUUUUAAUAAAACUAAUAGGACCAAACAGUUUGAACGUGUCAUUCUAUAGUCUAGAGCUUCUUAAAUGGGUUUCAUUGAGUUAUAAGCUAAAGGAAU